AUGGCCUACGUCUUCCUGCUGGUUCUGCUGUCGACGUCAUCUGUGGCGGGGGUAAAGGACCUCUACAUCCUGGGACUGUUCCCCAUGGACGGACCCUCCUGGCCAGGGGGUCGUGCUAUCAAGGCAGCGGCAGACAUCGCGCUGGAACAUGUGAACGCCAUGGAUAACAUGUUGGAGGGCUACGACCUCACACUUAUCUGGAACAACACUAGGUGUCAUACAGGGAUCGGCGUCAACAGCAUGUACCGCAACCUCUACAACCCGCCAACGAAGGUCAUCAUGUACGGACCAGGCUGUUCCUUCGUGACGGAAGCCACUGCGCAGGCGUCCCACAUGUGGAAUCUCGUCCAGAUAUCAUGGGGGUCAAUCUCACCGGCGUUGUCAGAUAAGACCAAAUUUCCACGUUUCUUCAGAGCCAAUCCCCCUGAAGUGGAAGUGAACCCGGCAAGAAUCCAGCUUUUCAAGAGAUUCAACUGGGCCAAGAUUGCCACCAUCCACGAGUCUUAUGAACUUUUUUCUGCGCCAACAGAGGACUUGCUGCACAGAAUCCAAGAUGAAAACAUGACUGUCAUCAGAUCCGAAAUCAUCACAAAAGACCCUGCAUUUCAAGUUGCCAACUUGAAGAUAAUGUUAACUUUCUUUCAGGAGAGCGAUGCCAGAAUCAUAGUGGGCAGUUUCUAUGAAGGCACGGCCAGAAAGGUGUUCUGCGAGGCAUACAAGAACAAUCUGUACGGCCCUAAGAUAGUGUGGAUAACUGCCGGCUGGUACGAAGAUCGAUGGUGGACUACUACAGACGCAGCCAUCGACUGUACACCAGAACAGCUUGCUGUGGUUGUGGAGGGAUCUAUUGGUGUGUCCAGGGUGCUACUCAACCCCCGAGAUGAGGUGACUUUGUCUGGCGUCAGGCCGAGUGAGUUUAUGAAGUUGUACAACGCCCGCUCGGACAACGGAUCCUGGUUCGCCAGCAUGUUCGCGUCUCUCAGCUAUGACUCCAUCCUCGCCAUCUCACUUGCGCUCAAUACAACACAGGGCUAUCUGGCGGCUACGGAAAGCAACCUAACGCUACAAGACUUCAGCUACACCGACGACACGAUAGGCUCCAUCAUCUUCCAAAGCAUGAAGGAUGUCCACUUCACUGGCAUGGCUGGACACUUAUCUUUUAAUGAGAAAGGGGAUCCAAUAGGCCUGUACACAAUCAAUAGGAUUCAAGGUGGUCAGUCUGUCAUGGUAGGUCUCUACGACCCGACACUCCAAUCAAGUUCUCAGGUUGAUUGGCUACCGGAAACAGACCCAAUUGUAUGGCAAGAUGGAAAGAUUCCACGAGACGCUGUGCUGAAGCUUGUCGAGGUGGAGCACUUGUUCCCUGCUCUUUACAUCUGCUUCUGUUGCGUUUCGGGACUAGGGGCGGCAUUGUCUGUCUUCUUUCUGGUGUUCAACAUAUACUACAGGGACCUACGGGAGGUGAAGAUGUCGUCUCCACGGCUCAACAACUUUACACUGAUUGGCUGCCUGCUUCUGUACAUGACGCCAUUUCUUGAGAAUACCAGCGCAACUUCCUUCUCGGCCUUCUGUACUAUCAAAGCGUUUUUCCUGACUCUUGGAUUUUCACUCUCAUUCGGAGCACUAUUUGCCAAAACUUGGCGUGUCCAUGUGAUCUUCACCAACUCUACCAAGAAGAAGAAGAUUGUUAAAGACGGUCAGCUGAUGGCAAUGGUCGGCGCUCUUGUAGCCAUAAAUACGCUGGUCCUGCUGACGUGGACCUUUCUGGACCCCAUCGUUGUUGUCGACUACGACCUCCCUCUGCAGAGGGAUGACAAGGAGGAUGUGAUUACUCAAAGGAUAGUGAAACUGUGCGAGUCCCCCAACCAGAUAUACUUCACGGUCGCACUGUUCGCCCUGCAGGGCAUCCUCAUGCUGCUCGGGGCUUUUCUGGCAUGGGAAACACGAAAGGUGAAGCUCGAUGGUCUUAACGACUCCAAGAUGAUUGGCAUGUCUGUGUACAACGUCCUCGUGCUGAGCCUCCUCGGCGUCACCGUCUCCAUGGCUCUCAGAACUCAGGUCAACAUCAACUACGCCCUCACCUCCACCGUCGUCAUCCUCGCCACAACCGUUACUCAGUGUCUCAUCUUUGUGCCAAAGGUGCUGUCUGUAAAGAACAUCGGAAAUCAGGUGGAUGACGUCGGUGACAUGAUGGCGGUAGCAGGCGGGAGGUUGCCAACCGUCGGCGGGACAAUGAUGACGUCAUCGGCAGUUACAGCCCACCGUCUGAUAACAGUGGAGAAGACGCUCCAUCUGAAAAACCUGGAAGUAGAGCGAUUAAAGGCAGAAUUAGAAAAGUACAAGAAGACAGAAUAGGCUGAAACCAAUCCGCUGAAACUCCCUGCCCGAGUUUAUUGUCUUUGGAUGUGAUA